GCCACUUGGAUUUUAUGUCUUUAGCGUGUCACUUCCGUGGCUUACCUGUCUCUGUAUCUCUUCUACAAGAUUUUCCUUUCUCUUUGAUAGUUUCAACUUCCAUUAAAGGUGAAAGCAAAGAAAAUUGACACAGCUUCUUCACCAUGUCCUUCACUUUAACUCACAGACUCUUCCUUUCACCACCACAACGAACCCAUCUCAGAUUCACCUUCAAACCCCACACAUCAAAACCCAUAGUUUCUUCACCAUCAAAACCCAGUUACCGUCCCAUAGUCAGUUCUCUCAGUCAUAAUUCUGAACACUUAUCGGUCACUCAAGCAAAACCCAGAUGGGAGAACAUGUUAUCCACUGCUGCUAGCUUGUACCCUUUGUAUGUGACUGUUGGUGGCAUUGUGGCUUGUUUUAAACCAUCUGCUUUUGCUUGGUUCGUGGAGAGAGGACCUUCUUCAUAUAGCUUCUCGCUUGGGUUGAUUAUGUUGGCUAUGGGUCUCACUUUAGAACUCAAGGACUUGCUCAAUUUGUUCACCCGAAGACCUCUUUCUAUUCUAUUUGGAUGUGUUGCUCAGUACACAAUUAUGCCAACUUUUGCUAUGGUUAUUAGCAAAACUUUGGGGCUUUCACCAUCUCUUUCUGUUGGUUUGAUUUUGCUAGGUUGUUGUCCUGGUGGUGCUGCAUCCACUGUGGUGACCUUUAUUGCACGAGGAGACGUUUCGUUAUCGACGGUAAUGACGGUUUGCACUACUCUUGGUGCAGUGAUCCUCACACCUCUUUUGACUAUGGUUCUAGCAGGAACAUAUGUUUCUAUUGAUGCUAUUGGACUUUCCAUCAGCACCCUGCAGGUGGUAGUGGCUCCGGUUUUGCUCGGUUCUUACCUACAAAGCACAUUUCCUUUGGUGGUGAAAAUGAUUACACCAUUUGCUCCUUUAUUUGCCGUUUUACUUUCAUCGCUACUUGCAUGCAGUGUUUUCUCGGGAAAUGUCGUCCGUUUUAAUUCCUCAAUAGUUAAUGCAUCAUUGGUUUCCGAUGCCUCUUUAGUCUCACGCCUCCAAUCAUUAUUAUCCGGAGGCCUCGGUGCUGUAAUACUUUCCGUGAUGUUGCUACAUUUUACCGGUUUCUUUGUAGGGUACAUAUCAGCAACCAUUUGUAGAUUCCGAGAAGCAGAGCGGCGAGCAAUAUCAAUCGAGGUUGGCAUGCAAAAUUCUUCAUUAGGAGUGGUGUUGGCAACAACUCAUUUCACUUCUCCAGUUGUAGCGUUACCGCCUGCCAUGUCGGCAGUGAUUAUGAAUAUAAUGGGUAGCAGCUUAGGCUUCUUUUGGAGACAGAUCAGUGGUUCAAAACAGGAACUUGAAGAUCAAGAGUGAGGUUGAACUUGAAAAGUGAAACUCACCCUUUUUUUUUCAUUCUUCUUCUUCAUCAUUUUGUAUGUAUGUUAAUGUAUGUAGUCAUCAAAGUCAAUGUUGUGUGUGUAUUUUACAUCGAAGGGGAAAUAUAAAUAACAUGUUUUGCAUUAA